UUUCCCUAUAUAUGCGCGAUCGAGGCCGGAAAGAAUAAAUUUCAAGAUUCAAUUUUUUCACCACAUCUAACUAAACGAUGGGUGCUCUAUUCCAUGUCGAGGGUGUUCCAAUAGGGAUCACUUCUGUUGCUCUUGCCCUCAUCGCAUCCAUGGGCGGGUUCAUAUUCGGCUAUGAUACUGGCCAAAUAUCAGACAUUCUACUCAUGCCUGACUUCCUUCUACGUUUUGCCGACUGUUCUUCUGGUGCUACCCUUGCAACCGCUACUGAUACCUGCUCGUUCACCGAUGUCCGGUCUGGGUUAAUAGUCGCUUUAUUAUCUAUUGGCACCCUCGCCGGUGCACUCAUGGGUGCUCCAAUCGCUGACUUCCUUGGCCGUCGGUACGCCAUGGUUGUAGAAUGUGGCGUUUUCAUUAUCGGAGUCAUUGUUCAAAUCACUACGACUCAAACUUGGCAGCAAUUUGCCGUGGGCAGAAUGAUUUCAGGUCUUGGAGUCGGUGCGCUUAGUGCUGCAGUCCCCAUGUACCAAGCAGAGACCGCUCCGGCACAGAUUCGAGGUUCCCUUACUGCCACAUAUCAAUUGUUCAUUACAUUCGGGAUACUUAUUGCUUAUUGUAUAUCUAUCGGUACACGAGGCUACGAUGGUCCAUCAUCGUGGCAAACCGUUGUUGGAAUCGGUAUAGCUUGGCCUAUCAUCCUGUCCGUUGGCAUUCUGCUCAUGCCUGAAUCUCCACGUUGGUUGGUCUUCCAUGACAAACCUGAACUUGCCCUACAAUCCCUUGGUCGGGUACACGGCAUGACGCGUGAAGAAGCUCAAAAACAUCCCCUCCCUAAUAAACACCUUGCCGAAAUUCAGAGCAAUGUCGAUUUCGAGCGUCAGUCCAUAGGUCGGAGCGGCUGGAUUGACUGCUUCCGGCCUCAGAAGAAGGUUUUAUACCGAACACUUCUGGGCAUGUCGUUACAGUCUCUCCAGCAGCUCACUGGGGCCAAUUAUUUCUUCUAUUAUGGCGCGACAGUUUUUCAGUCAGUUGGAAUUUCAGACAGUUUCAUCACUCAGAUCAUCCUUGGUGCAGUUAACUUUGGAUGCACUUUCGGUGGUAUUUUGAUCAUGGAGAAAUUCGGUCGACGGGGGCCAUUAAUAAUCGGUGGUAUUUGGCAAAGCCUAUGGCUCUUCGUGUUCGCUGCUGCUGGUACUGCCAAGGUGCCACAAGACAAUCCUGGAAUUGGAAAGCUGAUGAUUGUUUCCGCUUGCCUUUUCAUUCUCGGAUAUGCUAUGACUUGGGCUCCCGGUAUCUGGAUUCUCAUCGGAGAAACUUUUCCCACUCGCACGAGAGCUAAACAAGCUUCACUCGCCACCGCUUCUAAUUGGAUCUGGAACUUCCUCCUUGCAUUUUUCACGCCUUUUAUCAUAAACGCCAUAGAUUUCCGAUACGGAUUCGUUUUCGCCUCUUGCAAUCUUCUUGGCGCCGCAGUGGUGUAUCUUUUCCUGUACGAGUCGUCGGAUCUCUCGCUAGAGGCCGUAGACAUGAUGUACAAUGAUCCCGCAUGUAAGCCUUGGACAUCAGGAAGAUGGGCGCCUGCUGGAUACUCAAGCCGAAAAGACAUCGAAGAACAGGGAAAAGCAGCCCAGGCUCACAAAGAUUUCGCACCAGGAGAAGAGAGUAGGGUCGAAAACAUCAACGGUGUCAGUGAAAAAACAACGAACAAUGGAAAGAUUGAGGGUGUUAACGGGGCACCGUAUUCGAUGGCUCCUCAAGCAGAAUGAAUGGAAAGCAACUCACAUUCACCUUGUAUACCUACACUGUACUUCUCUCAAACACAAAGCACUUGUAUUCCGCUGUAUUAUUUUACACACACAUAAAUAAUAAUGUAUAGUCCUUCUGAGAGAUAAUGUACAUAUCAGUU